AGCGCUAUGAUGCAUGGGCUGCUGCAAUGUGUCAUACUAAUUCAGUGAUCUGUCCUCACACGGCAUUGUUUAUCUAUCCGCGGCUCGUCCAGUCUGUUGAAGCUGGAAAUCUUUAUUAGAUUGAAAACUUGAACACAAUGGGUGGACAUAGUUUGUGCUGCUCCAGAUUUCACUAGUGUCCAUAUAUAACCCAUCAAAACGUCUAAGAGUCAAAGAGUUUACUGCAUCAGGUGAGAGCAUGGCACAGGUAGAGGAGCCUCAGACAGAAGGAGAGGGCAGCCCCCAGAUGAUUUCCUUACGAUCGGACACAUCAGGGAAUCAUGUGGACGAUGGAGAAGUGGGGCCCUCCAUAAGGAGGAAGAGGAGGAAGAAGAAAGACAUGCGUCCAGAGUCCAUUAUUAUCUACCGCUCUGAAAUGGAGAGGGCGCCUGGAGAGGACCAAGGCAGUGAGGAGGGAGCGGAGAGGAGCACUGAGGAGGGAGCUAAAUUCCUCUGCACGCCCACAGGUGAAGGUGGAGGAUGGAGCCUUCCUCCAGACAGCCGUUACGUGACCCUGACAGGCACCAUCACCCGUGGCAAGAAGAAGGGUCAGGUGGUGGACAUACAUGUCACUUUGACAGAGAAGGAACUCAGGGAUCUGGCCAAGUCAAAGGAACGUCUUGAUGCCGAGUGCGAGGCACGGGAUGGUUCUAAACGCACCUGCAGCUUAGGUGUGUGCCAGGGACCCCAUGUUGUCCUGUGGAGCAUCUCUUGCGCACCUGUGAUUUUCCUCCUCUCCUUCAUCACCUCCUUCUACUAUGGCACUCUCACCUGGUACAAUGUCUUCCUGGUGUACAAUGAAGAGCGGACGUUCUGGCACAAGAUUACAAUAUGCCCCUUCCUUAUCAUCUUCUACCCCAUGCUCAUCAUGCCCAUGGCGCUGUCUCUGGCUCUGUACUCUGCUGUGGUGCAGGUGUCCUGGGCUUUCAGCGAGUGGUGGCAGGCGGUGCGAGACCUGGAGAAAGGCUUCUGUGGCUGGGCCUGUGGGAAGCUGGGGCUGGAGGAUUGUUCUCCCUAUAGCAUAGUGGAGCUUCUGGACUCUGACACUGUUUCUGGAACUCUGCAGAGCAAGGCCCCCAGUGAACUUGCACAGACAUCAUCAGUGUGAAACAGGGUGAUGCUGAGUUCCAAGGCACACAUUGAUAAUGGGGUCAAAGUUGCAAGUGUUUUUAAUCAUUUCAUUGAGAUUCCUCACAGAAAAUUCAUCUUAAAGGUUCAUUUCUGACCUUGGGUCUAGUGUGAUGAAAACUCUAUCUCAAGGUCCACUUACUUGACUUAUUGAGCAAACUUCAUCUGCUGAUGAAGGCCUUGAGAUUUUGCUGAAAGCUCUAGAAGAAACAAAUUCUAAGGAAUUUUUGAUAGGAAUUUCUCGUCAAAAUAACAGGAAAGUAUUUUUAAGCAAUUCCACUAUGCUCUUCUGUAAAUGACAGCAUAUGAAACACUGCCUGAACUGGCCUAAGGGGAGGAACCAUUAUUACAAAGUUGUAAAACAUUGAACUCUGAGCAGGGAAGUGGUUAUUUUGGGUCAUUUUUUACUUACAGGUUGUGGUCAUCACAGCCCCCCUCAGAUCACUAAAUGGCCUCCAAUAAUUACGGAACAGCACUGCGACUCAAAGACCUUUUUAUACAUAUAGACCUUGAUUCCUGCAGUUUUCAUUAAGUGGCUGUGGACACUGAUACAAACAUUAGUCCUGCAAGUUCAAUCAAGUUUCACUUCAUCUGUAAAUAUCUGUAAUUAAAUGUAUGUGGUCACUGUGCUGUGCACUGACAUCAAAAACAGCAUGCAUUUCAAAGGCAACACCGUCUUGUAUAUGAAGUUAUCAUAAUCAAUCAAGUUAUAGUUUAAGCAAAGAUGGAAUAACUAGGAAAAUUGGGCAACUGCCUCAGGGGCAACAAAUCCAGGUUUAAUGUGUGUCAGUCAUGGUAAUGAAGGAACCAAUGACUCCAUUGUUAAUUUUUGACUUUUCAUAGGAUUUGUUGACAACAAGAAAAAAUCUAGAAUGUGAUCCUAUAAAAUAUCAUAUUAGACUUACAUGGUGCAUAUUCCUUUAUGGGUUUGUGUUUCAUCAAAUUUUCCCAAACAAACUGAAACACAUCAAACAUGGGGGCAGGAAGUGUCCUAGUGAGUGAGUGCUUAUUGGUUUCUGGACCUCUUGGCUCAUUAUAAUUAAGAUUCCAUUUGUCGUGGGUUGUGUGCUCUGUACUUGAAGGGUACUUGGAGCUGACAGAGUGCAUAAACAAUGUGCAAAGACUGUGGGAGGAAAGGAGGUAGGACAACAACUCAUGUUUCCACAGGGGCACUAGGGAGUUAGUUUAGCCAUGAUUAGAAGCCAUAGUCAGGACAAGCUGACGAAUCAGACAUUUCUUUGGUCAGUUUAUGUUUGUUUUGCCAUGUUUUUUUAUAUGUUUUAGACACCACCAUAAAAACAAGUCUGUGAUCUUGUCUUCUCAAUUUUGGUCCAUGCACGAGUAAAGUUCUCUGUAAUUUUGUACUGGAGAAUUCCUGUUACAUUUCCAUACAGUCAUAUUUUGAAUGUUGCUUUAAUUUAUUUUAAAUAUUUAAGUAGAGUACACUUUGAAAUAAAUGUAUUGCAAACAGCAGUCAUUAACUGAUUGAAAUACAUAGCAGAUCGGGGUUAUUUAUUGAUUCAAAUGUUUAUGUUUAGACCUGAUUGGGUAAAGUAACUUCAUUUUACUUUCUCACAGGUAAAGACAUGAAUCAGUGGUUGUGGGUUGAAUCUGUAUUCCACAUUACAUGUGAAUCCACAGGAUGCAAAGUAAAGACAAAUUAAAUAAAGUGUAUUAUUACAUUGCAACUAUGUGCUAAUUUUUUAAUUUAUAUUGUGGAAAACAACAUUUUGUUUCAUGUCACAGAACAAUGCACAGCAGGUCACUGUUUCUGGUGGUUACAUACACUCACAAUUAAUGGGAAAAGUCAGCAUAUAUCUCUGCAUUGUAUGCUCCAUAGUUAUGUGUGCUUUGAGAUCUGAUUAUGCCUACUGAAGAAAAUCCAUAUGUCCCAGUGCAAGCUCAGUAGUCUACUAAAAAUGUUAGGGCCAAUACAUCCUUACCAACUUGUACUGUCCCGUUUUACCCUCAGAUUUUGUUACACUAAUGUUAAAACAAUUAAAA